CACGCAACGGUACUCCUCCCUUUUCUGACUGCCUCCAGGAUCUUGAGGCUCAGGCUGGCUCAUCUCGUCUCUUCACGGUGCCCAGACCUUGCCCCACUUUCACCCCACUGAAGUCCAGUCCCAGGUGGAGCCGGGACCUGACGGAACGAAACCGACUCAGCGGUGCUUCCUUCACGGACCAGGUACCGUAACGCCUAGAACCCGAAGAUCCAGACAACUGUGAGGAGAGGCGACUUUUCGGAGAAAAUAGAUUUGGGCCGAGAAGGCCUCUGGGAAAUGUAGUCCGGGGCAGGAAAACUGCGGACCUUUUCAGAUUCUUCUCAGCACCAAGUGGCACUCCCAGGCUCCGAGGGCCGGACUCAGUGGAGGCAGCUGCCGCAAAACUCUCAGCUGAGGCCCCUCGGCAGAUCUGAGAGCCCCUCAACGCAGCGGUUGGUUAUUCCCGCUACUCGUCAACUGGAGGGCCAGUCCCGCCCCGGCGAGCCGCGCGGGGCUCUGGGAAGAGUUAUCCUGCGUCUAACGGACCGAGGCUUGUGUUACCUUCGGCCACAGCCGGCACUGACCUUAAUGGAUUAUGUAACUCGGGUUGCACCGGCUGUGCCACUUGUGCGGCGCUGAGGUGCGGAAUUGGGGCCUGUGUCUGCGGGCUCAGUGGUUCUUCAGGUACUGAGGAUUCAUUAAUUCAUCCACUCACCAUUUAUUGAAUGCUGAGUGUGACAGGAAUAAUUAUAGAUGCUUGGGAUAGAGCAUUGAGUAAAGGAGACAAACUCUCUGCUAUCAUGGUACUUACAUUGUUGUGGGCCAGAUAAUAAAUGAGCUCUGCCUUCUCAGGCCCAGUCCACUCCCAGAAAGAAAAGGAAAUGACUGAGUUGCAGGAAACAGUGACAUUCAAAGAUGUGGCUAUUGACUUCACUGAGGAAGAGUGGCAGCAGUUGGAUCCUGCUCAAAGGAACCUGUACCGGAAUGUGAUGCUAGAAAACUAUAACAACUUAAUCACUGUGGGAUGUCCAUUCACCAAACCUGAUGUGAUUUUCAAGUUGGAGCGAGAAGAAGAACCAUGGGUGGUGGAGGAAGAAGUGUCAAAGAGACAUUGUCCAGGAGAAAUAUGGGGGAUGGAUGAGCAUCAGAAAAUCCAGGACAGACUUUUGACACAACUUGAAGAUAAAUUCACAAAAACACUGACUGAAGAAAAAGUGAAUGAAUGUCAUAAGAAAUUUGCAAAUGCAUUUUCUCCAAACUCAGACUUUUUUCCUUCCAGUCACAAUCUCUAUAAAUAUGACUUAUUUGGAAAGUGUUUAGAACAUAAUAAUUUCAACUAUUAUAAUAAUGAGAGAAUCCUUAUAAGAAAAGAACAUUGUGAAUAUAACGAACCUAUGAAAUCAUUUGGCAAUAGCCUAUCCCAUCUUGUAGUAACCCCCUUUAAGUGUAAUCAUUGUGGAAAAGGUUUUGAUCAAACUUUGGACCUCAUCAGACACCUGAGAAUUCAUACUGGAGAGAAACCCUAUGAAUGUAAAAAAUGUAGAAAAGCCUUCAGCCAAAAGGAAAAACUCAUUAAACAUCAUAAAAUCCACAGUAGGGAGCAGUCUUAUGAAUGUAAUGAAUGUGGGAAAGCUUUCAUUAAAAUGUCAAAUCUCAUUAGACAUCAAAGAAUCCAUACUGGAGAGAAACCCUAUGCAUGUAAGGAGUGUGGGAAAUCCUUCAGCCAGAAAUCAAAUCUCAUUGAUCAUGAAAAAAUUCAUACUGGAGAGAAACCUUAUGAAUGUAAUGAGUGUGGAAAAGCAUUCAGCCAGAAGCAAAGCCUCAUUGCACAUCAGAAAGUUCAUACUGGGGAGAAACCUUAUGCAUGUAAUGAAUGUGGUAAAGCCUUCCCUCGAAUAGCAUCUCUUGCUCUUCAUAUGAGAAGUCAUACAGGAGAGAAACCUUAUAAAUGUGAUAAAUGUGGAAAAGCCUUCUCUCAGUUUUCCAUGCUUAUUAUACAUGUGAGAAUUCAUACAGGUGAGAAACCUUAUGAAUGUAAUGAAUGUGGAAAAUCCUUCUCUCAAAGCUCAGCCCUUACUGUACAUAUGAGAAGUCAUACUGGUGAGAAACCUUAUGAAUGUAAGGAAUGUAGAAAAGCCUUCAGCCACAAAAAGAACUUCAUUACACACCAGAAGAUUCAUACUAGAGAGAAACUUUAUGAAUGUAAUGAAUGUGGGAAAGCUUUCAUUCAGAUGUCAAAUCUUGUUAGACACCAGAGAAUUCACACUGGAGAAAAACCCUAUAUAUGUAAGGAAUGUGGCAAAGCCUUUAGCCAGAAAUCAAAUCUCAUUGCUCAUGAAAAAAUUCAUUCUGGAGAGAAGCCCUAUGAAUGUAAUGAAUGUGGUAAAGCCUUCAGCCAAAAGCAAAACUUUAUUACACAUCAGAAAGUUCACACUGGAGAGAAACCUUAUGAUUGUAAUGAAUGUGGUAAAGCCUUCUCUCAAAUUGCUUCCCUUACUCUUCAUCUGAGAAGUCACACAGGGGAAAAGCCUUAUGAAUGUGAUAAAUGUGGGAAAGCUUUCUCUCAGUGCUCAUUGCUUAAUUUACAUAUGAGAAGUCAUACAGGUGAGAAACCCUAUGUAUGUAAUGAAUGUGGAAAAGCUUUCUCUCAAAGAACUUCCCUUAUUGUACAUAUGAGAGGUCAUACAGGUGAGAAACCUUAUGAAUGUAAUAAAUGUGGAAAAGCCUUCUCCCAAAGUUCCUCCCUUACUAUACAUAUACGAGGUCAUACAGGUGAGAAACCCUUCGACUGUAGUAAAUGUGGAAAAGCCUUUUCUCAAAUCUCAUCUCUUACACUUCAUAUGAGAAAACAUACAGGUGAGAAGCCUUAUCAUUGUAAUGAGUGUGGUAAGGCUUUCAGCCAAAAGUCACACCUUGUUAGACACCAGAGAAUUCAUACUCAUUAGAAAUAGAAACUCUAUGAAUCUUGUGAAUAUGGAAAAGCCUUCGGAAGAAAUUAACACCUCCUUGCACAUUACAUUAUCGGAUCUAGAGCAGAAAACUGAAUGUGGGAAAGCCGUUUGAAGAAGUCACAUUUGUGACACAGUUCUUACCAAGGUGACAAAUUGUAUAAUGAGAAAGCUGAUUGUCAAAAAUCUUCAGCAGACAUCUUAUCUAAUGAUAAUAUUUAUCCAGCAUUCUCUUUAAAACCUGAAAUAAGAUAUUUGCAUCAGCAUGUCAGCAUGAUACUUGAGCUCCUAGCCAAUCUCUUAACCAAGAAAAAUAAGAUUGGAGAAAAAAAAAAGCUCUUAA